AUGGUGAACUGUGCAGUAUACGGUUGUACUAACCGCACCAAGAGAGCCCCAAAUGAUGAAAACUUCGUGACUGUAGGAUUCUUUGCUAUCCCAAAAGUCGUCACUGGUCAGUGUGCGAAGACGGCGGCCCUCAGCGCUGCUAGGAGGGCCGAAUGGUUUCGCAGAAUUCGGCGCGACGACGUCGACGAGUCUUCGACGCAUUAUCGGGUGUGCGGUGUGCACUUCAUCUCAGGACGCCCCACGUACGUCAUGGACGACAUGAAUCCCGACUGGGCUCCGAGCCUUAAGCUCGGGUACGGCGACAGAGCAGCUGACCGAACGGCGUCCGAUCGCAGGUACAAAAGAGCGCAGGCACGAAAAUCGGCGCAGACCGCUCGUGGUCAGCCACUUUUGCUCUCUGGCAUGGAUGCCAGGAAGGAGAGCACACUCAUCUCGACCGAGGACCUGGCCCCUGCAAGUCCACUGCUCGUGGAGGCUGCCAAGCCUGCACUGGAGGACUGCUGCUGCACCUCGGAAGACCUAGCUGUCGAAGAGGACAUGCCGGGCGAAAACGAGGAAACAGAGAGGUCCCCAGAUUGUGGCCUUGGAUCAGAAAUGUAUGAUUGUGGCCAAACAACAGACAUCACCCUGCAAUCUAUGGCCCUCCUAGAAGAUGAAAAUCGGCAGCUGAUGUCAGAUCUGAGAGACGCAAGAGCAAAACUUGCAGCUCAUUGCCUGGAUGAGGACGCCUUCCAGGAAAACAAGGACAUGGUCCCUUUCUACACUGGCCUUCCUAACUUUGCAAUUCUGUUAGCCGUUUUUCAGCUCAUCCAACGUCGAGUGAGCCACAACGAUCGCAAUUGCCUGACAAAGUUUCAGGAGAUGAUUGUAUUCCUGAUCCGCCUGCGUCUGAACACUCCACUGCAAGACUUGGCGUACAGGUUCCAGGUAUCGCAGCCCACCAUCUCAAGGAUAGUCGACAGGUGGCUGGAAGCUGCGUUCACGUCAAUGGCUCAGUUGGCAUGUACUGCGCACGCUUGGAAAUUCCUGCCUUCACAAGAGGCCGGCCACAACUGGCACCUUCUGCGGUUGAGGCAACACGAAAGCUAG